AUGAAGGAAUUCGAAUCACGAAAUGCAAGGGAAGAAAUAGAAUGUGCUGUUUGCUUGGAGUAUAUUCAUUUGACCGAAAUUGCUGCAUUACGUUGUGGUCAUACAUUUCAUCCGCUAUGUGUUUCACAACGGGUUAAAGAUGACCAGAAGUGUCCAGUGUGUAAGAAACAAGCUCAAGAAGAUAGCAUCAUUCCGCGCCUAUUUUUUGAGAUCAACGAAAAAGAAAAUUCAGCUAUGAAUGAAGCAGCCGCAAUUAUAAAUGAGAUCACGAGCACGCUGAGCAAACUGGAUAUAGAACUCGAACUGAUUUAUCUGCAGAUAGAGCAUAAUUCGGCUUUACUGAGAAUAAUGUCGAAAAUGAUAACUGCUUGUAUCAAACUUCUCGAGAAGAAAUGACUUAUUCAAGAUACAAAAAGAUAUGACUGUAAUUAAAAAUGUAGUAAAUUUGACAACUACAUAAUUUAUGGUUGUUUUUGAAGGGACCAUGACAUAUUUCUGUAUGAUUUGUAUUCAUAAAGCAACCUGAACUUUACUUUGAAAUUUUUUUGCCAACCAUUAC